GGCCGCGCAGGCGUCGUGAGCGGCGGCAGCGGCGGCGGUGGAGGUGGUAGCGGCAGCAGCUGUCUGGGGGUUCCAGGAAGAUGGUGCUGAUUAAGGAAUUCCGUGUGGUUUUGCCCUGUUCUGUUCAGGAGUAUCAGGUUGGGCAGCUGUACUCAGUUGCAGAAGCUAGUAAGAAUGAGACUGGUGGUGGAGAAGGAAUUGAAGUCUUAAAAAAUGAACCUUAUGAGAAGGAUGGAGAGAAGGGACAGUAUACACACAAAAUUUAUCACCUAAAGAGCAAAGUUCCUGGAUUCGUCAGAUUGAUUGCUCCCGAGGGCUCCUUGGUGUUUCACGAGAAAGCCUGGAACGCAUAUCCCUACUGUAGAACAAUUGUAACGAAUGAAUAUAUGAAAGAUGAUUUCUUCAUUAAAAUUGAAACAUGGCACAAACCAGACUUGGGAACAUUAGAAAAUGUACACGGUUUAGAUCCAAACACAUGGAAAACUGUUGAAAUUGUCCACAUAGAUAUUGCAGAUCGAAGUCAAGUUGAACCAGCAGACUACAAAGCUGAUGAAGACCCAGCAUUGUUCCAGUCAGCCAAGACCAAGAGAGGCCCGCUGGGACCCAACUGGAAGAAGGAGCUGGCAAACAACCCUGACUGUCCUCAGAUGUGUGCCUAUAAGCUGGUGACCAUCAAAUUCAAGUGGUGGGGGCUGCAGAGCAAAGUAGAAAACUUCAUUCAGAAGCAAGAAAAAAGGAUAUUUACAAACUUUCAUCGCCAGCUUUUCUGUUGGAUUGACAAGUGGAUUGAUCUGACAAUGGAAGAUAUUAGGCGAAUGGAAGAUGAAACCCAGAAAGAAUUAGAAACAUUACGUAACCAAGGUCAAGUGAGGGGCACAAGUGCAGCCAGUGAUGAGUGAAGAAGAAUCUGACCAGGAUCUCACAGUGUUGGCGUUUCCCAGCCACGUGCUUGUGACUGUGUGCUCACAUGCACAGCUUCCCAACCACGUGUAUAUAUAUGUUUGUGCGUGUAUGUCUGUAGCUGUAUAUAAAACGCAUGUAGAGCUACAGAUCAGAAUACACACACUUGUGUAUAUAUGUACAUAUAAACAUACUGAAGGGAUUAGUACAAUUUCUCCAAAGUACUGUACCUAUCUUCAGCAAGAAUGCAAAAGAAAAUAUUUUCAAUAUAUAUACCUGGAACAGAUUUUAAUAAUCAGAGUAAUACCAUUAAUGGACAAAUUGACUGCAGUAUAAUACUAGCUGGUAUGUUUCAUAAAUGUCAAGUUGUGGACCAAUAAAUAUAUAUAUAUAUACAUACAUAAAUAUAUGUAUAUAUAUAGCCUUUUAUUACUUUUCUGUUCUUUUAAAUUAGUCUCUUAAAAUUUUUAUUUUAUUCUCAUAAGCAACUGACUCCCACACAAAAAAAUGUAUUCAAAAUCUGUUGGUAUUUCAGUGAAUGUGGACUAUAAAUGCUGAAUGUAUAUAUAACAAUUUAUUUCUGGGUGGUCAUUAUCUCACAACCAAAUUGGACAAUAUCUGUUAGUAAGGAGUGAAGUUAUAGACCAGUUUUUACUUGUUUGCCCUGAGGGACAAAAUCCUUUUAAAAGAAAAAUCCGGUUUUUAUUGGAUUUUUUGUAUUUUAAAUUUCAAGUAUUUUUCUACAUCAGACAUAGCAAAAAAGCGGAGAUGAUGGUUUGUGAUGUAUAAUAAACACUAUACAAUUUUCAGGCUCCUGUUAGGCAAACAAAGAAAUUGAUGAAGAGAUUAAUAGUAUUGUAGGCUGUUUGGAAAAAUGGGGAGUGCACUGCUUCCGCCGAGUCUUUUUCUGGAAAAGACUGUUUUCUGAAAUUACUGCUUGGAAACUAUGCAAAUGAGCUCGAUUCCUCACAGCUUACACGAUAGAGUAGAGAUAGUGAUGGUGUUUUGCUCUUUUCAUGUUGAAACACUUUAAGGAGGAGAUACUGACUUUGAAAUAGGAAGAAUUUAAGAGGCAGCGUGAGGUCUGCCUGCACACGGUUAGGAGGCCCAGCUGAGGGGCCAGCGCCCCCCCACCCUCUUGGCUGUGCCCUCAAGUACAAUGUCAUUGGAACACACCCUGAACAAGCAUCAUGGAAAUGCUGGUUGGAAGCGGCUGCCACCUUUUUGUUUUAAAGAAAGGAAGGACAGCUAGGUAUGAAUUUAUCAGCUUUCUUUGUCCGAAUCGCGUUUCUCUCCUGUCAGUCAGUCCUGGAAGCUUGAAUAGAAGGAUAUUGUGGAAGCCUUCAGGUUACAAACUGUCUUCUUUAACCGCCCGUCCCUCCUGCAACACGCCAGCCCCUGUAGUCACAUCACAUUAGUAGUCUGACUUGCUGACAGUCCUGCCCCCCACUCCUCACUGCUCUUUCCCACACGUCCCGUGUCCCCACCGAAGCGACCGUAGUGACUCCAGGAUGUCUUGUGCAUCGUGACGCCGUGAUCCUCCGCUCCAAGCCCCACCUGGCGGAUGUCCUCUGUGUACUCAGGAUCAAGACUGAUGUUUACUCUCCGAGCACUGUUGUAAGAUAGGUUCUGUCAUCGCGUAAUCAUUGUCUGCAAAGUGUUUGAUGCGAGGAAGAUUAUUGCUAAUUUUGUGAAAUAAAGAGUCUCGUCCUCUCCUCUUAAUGAACUUAACUCUCGCUGGCAUCUGUAGCAUCGUCGGGAGCUGGGGCGCACAUGGCAAUGAGAGCCCGGCGCAUGGAUUUUAAUGUUUUUCUAACAACUGUGGAGAUUUGAGGGAAUGUGUGGUGAAUGUAAAAUAUCUAGUUUACUUGGCAGUCUCUUGUGUAAAUUACAGUAAAACAAAGUAAAUGAAAUUUAAACAAAAAAUAAAUUUGAUCACAAAACGCCA